AUGAAUACCCGGGAGACAGCACGUGCAAAAUUAGCAGAGCUUCGAGCACUAAAAGCAGCAGGAAAAACACGUCUUGAAUCGUAUAAAGUAAAGGAUGAGGAACGUAUAUAUGAUUGGGUAGAUGACGAAGGGUACAGGAAGAUUGUAAGACAGCGGCUUGAUCAAGAUGAUUUUGUAGUAGACGACAAUGGUGAGGGAUACGCAGACAAUGGGAUAGAGGAAUGGGAAAGAGAGAGAGAAAGCUCUAGUGAAGAGGAGAAAGUGUAUUGGGGAAAAAAUGAAAAAAAAAAGACAGAAAAAAAGGAAAUAAGUCAGUUUUUUAAAAAAAAGGUACCAGCAACAACAGUAAUACAAACAACAGAAGAAGAAAUCGACUUUAUGGCAAAUAUAUUAGGAGAAAUCGAUGGAGAAGAAAAGUAUACAAUAUCAAAGAAAACAAGUGAAUUGGGAUCAAUUCCGCAGAAACGUCAGGCAUCCCCCCCAUUAAAAAAUUCAAAUAUUUUAAACCGACUUGAAAAAGCAAAUUCUAUAUACACAAAGAAAAAGCAGAAGAGUCCUCUAAUACAUCUAUUAAGUGAUGGCUAUGAUAUCCCAAAUCAUCCAUACAGCGAUACAAUGCUAUCGGAUCCACCAUCUAAAGGUGAUACUCCAUCAUCAUCUGCCAUUAACCAAGCAUUCCAUAAGCUGAAGACAGAAUCGGAAGACGAAGACGAAUUUCAAGUAAAACAACUUACAAGACAAAAUGUAAAACAAGACAAAACUAUUAUUCCUAAAAAAUAUGACGAAUUUCCACUUGAAUCAACAAAAAUUACAUUUUUAGAACCAACAUCGUCUCCAAUUACUGAAAAAAUUGACGCAUCAUCAUGGUUAGAUAUGAAUAAAAGUCUGAAUAUCAUGAGUAGUUCGGAGACUUAUACAAAAAAAAAAGAGAAUUAUGAAGAUUUUAUAGAAGAUGACGGUUCUUUAAAAAUGUUUUGGAUAGAUUAUACAGAUUUAAACAAUACUUUAUGUCUUUUUGGGAAAGCAUAUAGUAGAAAAUUCCAGAAAUAUGUAAGUUGCUUUCUUCAAAUACACGGUAUUAUGAGGAAUCUAUAUUUUUUGCCCAGAAAAUUUAAAUUACACAAAAAUCAUUCAAUAGAAGUUACAAUGGGCGAUGUUUAUGAAGAAGUUUCAGAAUUGUUCGAAAAAUUUAAAAUUGAUGAAUUUAAAUCAAAACCUACAAGUAGAAAAUACGUUUUUGAAUUUCCAGAUGUACCGCAUCAAUGUGAUUAUUUAAAAGUCCUAUAUCCAUAUACAAAACCAACAAUUCCUCAAAAUACUUCUGGAAAUACAUUUAGUCGAGUAUUUGGUACAAAUACAUCGUUAUUUGAACAAUUUGUAUUAUACAAAAGAAUCAUGGGACCAUGCUGGUUACAUAUCAAAGAGCCGCAAUUCACAUUUGGACAGAAUUUUUCAUGGUGUAGACUUGAACUAGGAGUCGUAAAUCCCGAAUGCAUUUUUCCUAUUUCUGAUUCAGAAUCAAACUAUCCACCACCUCUUUUGACAUUAAUGAGUAUUGCUCUGAGAAAAAUCAUAAACCAUAAGGAAAAUAAACAAGAAAUUGUGGUUAUAAGUACAAGAAUCUAUGAAAAUAUAUCUUUAGAUGAUCCAACACCGCCUAAUAAUUUACCUUGUCAAACUUUUACUAUUGUUAGACCUAUUAAACAAUUAUUCCCCACAGGAUUUGAAGCAUUAGCUAAAAAACACAAAGGAACAAUUAAGGUUGAGAAAACGGAAUCUUCACUUUUAAAUUGUUUUUUAGCAAAAAUUCAAAACGUAGAUCCUGAUGUAUAUAUUGGUCAUGAAUGGUAUACUGUAGAUUUUGGCAUUUUGUUAUCAAGAAUAAAAGAAAAAAAAAUUAUGAAUUGGCAUCGAAUUGGUCGCCUUAGAAGAAAAGAAUGGCCCAAAAUGUCAGGCCAUUCUGGGAUAUUCGCAGAAAAACUUUUGGCAUCUGGCCGUUUAAUGUGUGAUCUUGCAAACGAAUUAGGUCGUUCUUUAAUCAAAGCCCAGUCUUGGACAUUGUCAGAACUUUGUAGCAUUCAGUUAGGUAUUGAACGACAUGAAAUAGAUGAUGAAAAAGCUAUUUUUUCCUGGACCGAUACAGCAAAAGGCAUGAUGGAAUAUAUUAUACAUUGUGAAGUUGAUACGUAUUUUAUUGCAGCAAUUGCUCUUAAAGUUCAAAUACUUCCUCUCACUAAACAAUUGACUAAUCUAGCGGGAAACAAUUGGGCAAGAACAUUAACAGGAACCAGAGCAGAAAGAAAUGAAUACAUUUUAUUACAUGAAUUUCAUCGUGAAAAGUACAUUUGUCCCGAUAAGACACUUACAAAAUCAAAAAUAAUAGAUAUUAAUGAAGAAGAUGAAAUAGAUGAUACAGUCCCACUUAAAAAAAGAGAUAAAUAUAAAGGAGGUCUUGUAUUUGAGCCAAUAAAAGGAUUAUAUGACAAAUAUAUACUUAUUAUGGAUUUUAAUAGUUUAUAUCCUAGUAUUAUUCAGGAAUAUAAUAUAUGCUUUACGACUAUUGAUAGACAUGAAUGUGAUAACGACGAAAAGAUACCAGAACUUCCUGAUGAACAAAUACCGCAAGGAAUACUUCCAAAACUUAUCGAAACAUUUGUUAAUAGAAGAAAACAAAUAAAAAAUCUUAUGAAGGAUAAAAAUGCAUCAUCUAUUCAAAGAAUGCAAUGGGACAUAAAACAACAAGCUUUGAAAUUAACUGCGAAUUCUAUGUAUGGUUGUUUAGGAUAUACAAAAUCAAGAUUCUAUGCAAGACCACUAGCUGUUCUAAUUACUUAUAAAGGAAGAGAAAUUUUAAGAAAUACAAAAGAACUUGCAGAAAGUUUAAACCUUCAAGUGAUAUAUGGAGAUACAGACUCUGUUAUGAUUAAUACUAAUGUUGAGAUAUUUGAAGAAGCUAUUAAAAUAGGCAAUGAAUUUAAAAAACAUGUAAACGAGAGGUAUAAACUUCUUGAAAUAGAUAUAGAUAAUGUUUACCAACGUAUGUUGCUGCAUGCGAAAAAGAAGUAUGCAGCUUUGCAUUUAAUAGAAACUAACGGAAAAAUGGAACCCAAAAUUGAUGUAAAAGGAUUAGACAUGAAAAGAAGAGAAUAUUGUAUUUUAGCAAAAGAAGCUUCAUCUUAUGUUUUGGAUCAAAUAUUAUCAGGCAAACAAACUGAAUUUGUAGUCGAAAAAAUCCAUGAUUACUUACGAGAUUUUGCAAAUAAAAUGCAUAUUGGUGAUUUUCAACCAGCAAAAUUUAUUAUUUACAAUAAACUUGGGAAAAACCCAGAAGAAUAUCCAAAUGGGAAAUCUAUGCCUCAUGUUCAAGUUGCUCUUAAAAAGAAAGCAAAAGGAGAUAGUGUAAAAGUAAAUGAUGUUAUUGGUUAUAUUAUUACUGGAAACGAGAACGACAACAGACAUGUUGCCGAAAGGGCAUGCCUUCCACAAGAAGUUAUAAAGUCUUCGAACAUGAAAAUUGAUUAUAAUUAUUAUUUAGCGAAUCAAAUCCUUCCUCCUAUAGAACGACUUUGCGGUCCCAUUGAAGGAACAGAUCGAACCAGACUAGCAGAAUGUUUAGGACUUGAUAUUAAGAAAUAUCAGAUCAAUGAAAUCAACAAUUCGGAAUAUAAAAUUUCUACAUAUGAGUCAAACUUAACUGAUGAAGAACGCUUCAAAGGUGUAGCAAGCUUUAUAAUAACUUGUAAUUCAUGUCAUGAAAAAAUUGAUUUUAAAGGACUUGCAAAAUCUAAGGAAUUCGUUAAUUCAGAAGGAAUUUUUUGCAAAUGUGGGAAAAAAAUUCCAAUAUAUACAGUUAGUGCACAAUUGGAAUCACAAAUCCGAAACCACAAUUCAAUUUAUUAUAAUGCAUGGUUAUUAUGUAAUGACCCAUCAUGUGCAAACCGUACACGGCAAAUUGGUGUAUAUGGAAAACGAUGUUCAAUCAAAAAUUGUCAAGGUCAAAUGUAUUUUGAAUACUCAGAUAAAAUGCUUUAUACACAACUGCUUUACUAUGACACUCUUUUUAACGUAAAUAAAGCACGAGAAAUUGCAAAUCAAUUUCCAAACCCCGAAUCAAUACUUAUUUGUGCAGAAUACAAUCGUGAACGUUUUGAAAAGGUGCGAUAUGUUACACAAAGUUAUUUAAAUCAUAAUAGACGUCGUUUUGUGGAUCUUCAAAGCAUUUUUAGUUUUACAUAG